UAGUAUGAAUCUACUACCCACAGUCCAACAUAUUUUUCCCAAUAAAUUUCAAAACUCUCUCAAAGACCAUAUCAUCAUCUUCUUCCACUUAUCAGUGGAAAGAGAGAUCUUAUGCUUUCAUUAAAGAGAUGCCUUCUUCAAAUCUCUCUCUCUUAUUAACAACAUUUCUAUCACUAGUACCAUUUAUCUCCACCGUCGCCACCGGCACCGGCACCAGCACAAUUUACUUCAAAGAAGCACCCAAAUUCUACAACUCACCCAACUGCCUUUCGGCUCAAGACACUUGCUCACCAAAUGCAGUUCAUGUAGCCAUGACUCUAGACGCGGCCUAUCUCCGCGGCUCAAUGGCUGCCAUCCUAUCCGUCCUACAACACUCGUCUUGCCCCGAAAACAUCCGGUUUCAUUUCGUGGAAUCCUCUUCUGCCCACACCGACAACAUUCAACUCAUUAUAUCCACCUCAUUUCCUUACCUCCGAUUUAAUGUCUAUAGAUUUGAUGAUUCGGCUGUUUUAGGCCUAAUCUCAACUUCAAUCAGGUCCGCGCUAGAUUGCCCUCUGAACUACGCUAGGAAUUAUCUAGCCGAUCUCCUUCCAUCAUGUGUCCAAAAAGUUGUCUACCUAGACUCGGACCUUGUCCUAGUAGACGACAUUUCCAAAUUAGCCGCCACACCAUUCGGUGACGAAAAUGACAAAAAAGUCCUAGCUGCACCCGAAUAUUGCAACGCGAAUUUCACUUCAUAUUUCACUCCAACCUUUUGGUCUAACCCGUCGUUAUCGGUCACAUUUGCUGACCGUAACGCGUGUUAUUUCAACACGGGUGUUAUGGUGAUUGAUUUAAUGAGAUGGAGAGAAGGUGAUUAUACAACCAAAAUUAUAGAAUGGAUGGAGUUACAAAAAAGGAUGAGAAUAUAUGAAUUGGGAUCAUUACCUCCUUUUUUAUUAGUAUUUGCUGGAAAGAUAGCUCCAGUGGAUCACAGAUGGAACCAACAUGGGUUGGGUGGAGAUAACUUUCAAGGGCUUUGUCGCGAUUUACACCCGGGUCCGGUUAGCUUAUUGCAUUGGAGUGGAAAAGGGAAGCCAUGGGUUAGACUAGAUGGAAAUAGAGCUUGUCCAUUGGAUGUACUUUGGGCCCCAUAUGAUCUUUUGCAAACUCCAAAUGUUCUUGAAUCUUGAUCAUGAGGUACAUCAAGAUCAUUUUAUAUAUAUAUAUAUUUUUCAAAACACUCAUCCGAUCCCCUAGCUAGCUAGCUAGAUCAUCAUAUGUUAUCAUUCUAAUAUACGAAACAUCAAUAUAUAUGUAUACAUAUAUACGUACACAAACGUAUGUGUCUACGUAUUUACAAUUCGAUCCAUUGAUGAACGUUAGUUAGACGAGUC